CUUUCAGUUUUAAGAUGCAAUUUCCCUCCCCGCCGCCAGAGUACAGCGUUAUUGAACAGCACGGUCGAGUCUAACUUCCAACUCAGCUUUCGAUUCUUGUCAGUCCGGUGAUGUAAUGAAGUAAAGAGGAGUAAAGAUGGCGGAAAACAGCGGCACAGACCCUGCCGUGGAUACUAACACCGAGGAAAAUGCUGCCUCCAGCGGGACCAUUAUUAUGGUCACUGUCAAAACUCCCAAGGAUAAAGAGGAAAUAGCUAUAUCCGAAGAUUCGUCUGUUGCGCAGUUUAAGGAAGAAAUUUCAAAGCGAUUUAAGGCUAAACAGGACCAGUUGGUAUUAAUCUUUGCCGGGAAAAUCCUGAAAGACGGCGACACGCUCAACCAGCACGGCAUCAAAGAUGGGCUUACUGUCCACCUCGUCAUCAAAACAGCACAAAAGGCCUCUGGGAGUGGCAGUUCGCAAGCAUCCGUGUCCUCGGCCCCUGGCACACCACCUGUGAAUAGAAGCGGCACUAGCACUACCAACCCCAGCACGGCAUCAGCCGGUGGCACAGCACAGGGCACCGGGCCAUCUCCUGCCGCCCCUGUCCAGCCUGCCAACCUACUGUCUGGGUUCGGGGACCUCUCCAACCUGGCUGGCAUGGGAAUGGGCUCAGCCAACUUUAUGGAGCUCCAGCAGCAGAUGCAGCGGCAGCUGAUGUCCAACCCGGAGAUGCUGUCGCAGAUCAUGGAGAACCCGCUGGUGCAGAACAUGAUGUCCAAUCCGGACCUGAUGCGCCAGAUGAUCAUGGCCAACCCGCAGAUGCAGCAGCUGAUGGAGCGCAACCCCGAGAUCUCGCACAUGCUCAACAACCCCGAGCUCAUGAGACAGACAAUGGAGUUGGCAAGGAAUCCAGCUAUGAUGCAAGAGAUGAUGCGUAACCAGGACCGGGCGCUUAGCAACCUGGAGAGCAUCCCCGGUGGAUACAAUGCCCUGAGGAGGAUGUACACAGACAUUCAAGAGCCUAUGUUCAGCGCUGCAAGAGAGCAGUUUGGAAACAAUCCUUUCUCCGCCUUGGGUGGAACAGAGAACUCUGGGGUGCAGCCCUCCAGGACAGAAAACAGAGAGCCCUUACCAAACCCCUGGGGCCCCCCAAACAGCGGCUCCGGAGAGAACCGGCCCCCAGGCUCCACCUCCACCCCCACCGGCACCUCCACCAGCGGAACCACCCCCAGCGUCUCCAACCCUCUGGGCAUCGACGCAGGCAGUCUUGGCAACGGCAUGUUCAACAGUCCCGGCAUGCAGAGCCUGAUGCAACAGAUCUCGGAGAAUCCUCAACUGAUGCAGAAUAUGCUCUCUGCUCCAUACAUGCGCAGUAUGAUGCAGUCUCUGUCUCAGAACCCAGACAUUGCUUCACAGGUUCUGAUGAACAACCCCCUGUUUGCUGGCAACCCACAGUUACAGGAGCAACUCAGACAUCAGCUGCCUGUUUUCCUUCAGCAGAUGCAGAAUCCAGAGGCUCUGUCUGUGAUGACGAACCCAAGGGCAAUGCAGGCCCUUAUGCAGAUCCAACAGGGCUUGCAGACCCUCCAGACUGAGUGCCCUGGACUCAUGCCCAGUCUCGUCCCUGGUGGCAUGCCUGGUGGCAUGCCUGGUGGUCUACCAGCGGGUAUGCCAGGAGCAAUGCCCGGUGCUCCGGGCCCUGUGCCCGCUGCGGGCAGCGUCCCCCAAGAGAACCCCCCACCACCUCCUCCUCCCCCCACCUCCUGCCAGGGCCCCACCCCCACUGCUGGCCCCACCCCCACCCAGCAGCAGCUUAUGCAGCAGAUGUUACAGAUGUUCGCCGGAGCCGGAGCCGGAGGAAGUGCAUCAAUCCAGACCCCGGAGGUGCGGUUUCAGCAGCAGCUGGAGCAACUGAGCGCCAUGGGCUUCAUCAACCGCGAGGCCAACCUGCAGGCCCUGAUUGCCACGGGGGGAGACAUCAACGCCGCCAUCGAGAGACUACUGGGCUCCCAGCCCUCCUAACUCCUCUGCCACCCGGCUUGCCUGCCUGCCUGCCUGCCCAGGCCGAGGGGAGGAGUUGGGGAGGUGUUGGAGGUGAGGGGUGGGGGCUCUGUGGGGGAGGGAUGGAGGGAAGAUCAUAACGAAAUGAACACAAUCCUUCUUCACCACAUGAGAAAAAGAAAAGAAAAAAACUAUAAAAUCUUCAACAACAGCAACCCCCUGAAUAGACUGAAUUCCAAUUACAUCUCAUCUUUGUUUCCUUUUUCUUCCUGAUUUUUUUCCUCCUCCUUUUAUUUCUCUUUUUUUCCUUGAGAUUGAUCUGUGAAAAUCAUAGGAAUUGGGGUUUUCUCGAAAUUUAAAUGACGUGGUUAAACAAAAACAAAAACUGGCGUUCAGUAUGAAAUGACAUCAUACUAACAUCUUUCCCCCUCUACUCACUUGACAGUCGACUACCCUAACAAGAUAACAACCCAAACUUUUGACCUCCAUGCUCGUCUUAGCCAGCCAUUCCUGUUUGGAUUGACACGCGCGCGCCUGCGUAACACACUCUGUCAAGGCAGUACUUGUGGUAGGAGGUGUAGGGGGAGAUAAGCCCUUUUAAUUCUUAGAACAAAACCUCCCCUGUGUUUCAUAAGAAUGCUCACUUCAUUUUAAUUCUCUCAGUCUCUCCUUGAUCAUGCUGGAUUAAGAUCAGUAUUUAUUGCAAAAGCUGUAGACGUUUCCCCUUUUCCCACCUCUCCCUCUCUAGCGCUCUCUCUCUCUCUCUCUCUAUCUCUAUCCCUCAUCCCCCUCCGCCUCCCCCUUUUCCUUUCCUAUACCACCCAGUCUCAUUUCACACUGCUUUGAGAAUUCCUUGACAUUUGACGUGUUAAUUGAAAUCUAAUAUUGAUGAGGAUGUUGGAAUCCCCGUUUGAGCACCAUAACACCCUGGCUCGAUUGAUUGCGUACACUUCAGCUUCUUUAGAGAAGGAUGGUUAUUGGAACAGAAAGAAAAGAAAUUAAAGUACUUGUAAGGAAAGGCAUCAUCAUCUUUAGUCAUUGCUUAUUGACAGGUGUACAUGAAGCUAUGGUUGAGGUUUUUCCGUAUGGUUAAGAAUGUAACAAGGUAUCAAUAAAUAUUUCUAAGCUGAAGAGUCAUGUUAAGAAGCUUACCACUUUUAUUUUGUCCAUAUUCUUACGCUUUGACAGAAGAGAUUGCUGCUGUGCUUUGGGGAGAAAACACAUGUACAUUUGACGCAGCAUCAUGCAUUGGAUCUGACAGUAAUGCAAUAGCAUGGUGGCUAUAAUGCUUUAUUUUCAACCUGUUCACCAACUAUAUGGCUAGCCUACAGCGGUCUAAUGCAACUAACAGUUGAAUUUUGAUGUGAAUUAAAAUGUCUUCAACUUUG